CCAUCAAAUCGAACGGUGCUCUCGUCGCGAGUAGACGUCAAAAAGCUAAUCAUUGUCGACGACACACAUAAAUUGGCCACGGGAACUUUUCCUCGGAUUUUCGCCUGCCGUGCGUGGAUUCGGAACCGUCGUCGCGGGUGAUCUGUUUGUCCGGAAUAGGGCCUUCGGGAACACGGAACAGAAGGAUGGAAUCGUGUGGCUAGAAAGCGAAAUAAUUUUCCUGUGGCUGGCCUCUUCUUCGUCAGAAAGCGUGAGUGGAAGAAGAAAGAGGAAGGAAGCGACUAAUAAGAGGAGGAAAGAAGAGUUUGUUGUGUGUUUGUGUGUGUGGGGAAUUUGUGUGUCUCCCGUUUUUUUUUUGUGCACAUACGUUUUUGAUUAAUCAAAACCAAUAAUAUUGAGGGUGAAAUUCGUGUGGUCUUCCGAGAGGGCUCAAACAGUGAUUCUAAUCCAGUGUCUCUAGAUUAGAUAAGGCACCAGCUUGCAGAUUGGGGAGCUGGUCUCUUCUGAGUCAGCCUGAGGUUUUUGUGUGUGCUUUCCGAGGGAGAUUGCGAAAGUCCCGUACGGGAAGAUCGCAGGUUCUUGUUCCGCGGAGCUGGAGUCGAACGAAGAUAAGAUUCUGCAUCAGGAGCAGCAACUCCUUCCGGAAUCGACGGUGGAGAACAGUGGCGCAGAAAUAGCAGCAGCAGGAGCAGAGGGAGGAGGAGGUGGAAGUGCCAAUAGGAGGGAAGGCCGCAAGAAGAAACCAGGUGCUUCCUGAAAAAUGCCUCCACCGCCACCGCCGCCGGGGCCACCUCCGCCACCGGGUCCACCGCCCCCGCCGGCGAUGAAACUUGGUGGCGGACAAUCCUCGGGCGAUGGACGGAACGCGCUGCUGCAGUCGAUCCAGAAGGGAACCAAGCUGAAAAAGACGGUCACGGUGGACAAGAGUGGACCCCUGAUUCAGGGCAAGGUCAGCGGAGGAGGUGUUGGAGCGGGAGCCAAUAGCAAUAGUAUUAGUAGGGGACCAGCGUCCGCGGCGUCGGGCACAAGUGAUAGCAAUGGAGGUCAAAAGUUAGGAGGAAUAUUCGAAGGUCUUGCGUCGAUGCCGAAGCUGAAACCGGUUGGCAGCCGAGGAGGAACGACAACAGCACAAUCAUCAACUAUCAGCAAUAAGUCACCAUCGCCGGAGAAUACGAUCAAGGGCAACAACCGGAUAGGUGGCGGAGGCGGAGGAGGAGGGGGUAACGGUGGGGCCGUGGACUUUGCUGACGAACUGGCGGCCAAACUGACGCUCAAGAAGCAAAAGAACCUUAGCAAUAGUAGUACCAACAACAACAAUGCCAUCGUGAACAACAACAACAACAGUAUCAACCAGGUGCCGGUGACGGAGAGCAAUCUACGGACGAACCGAGGACCCCCACCGCAACCCCCGGUACAGCUGUCGAAGAACGCCAAUGAUUCAUCGAGCUACAACACGCUGGGGAAGUCGAGCUAUUCCAGUCAAAAGAGCCAGGCACCCUCGACGCCAAGCCCGUCGCCCUCGAAUGGGCCCACCUCAGCAGCAGUCACUAGUCCCCUCGGAAGCCUCAGUGUGCUACCGAACAAAUCGACCCUGUUUGGCGGCAGUGGUAGCAGUAAUAGCAACAGCAACAGUUUGACCGGAAGUCCCCAACCGCCAGCAGUGCCUCAGACGCAACCGAGCCCCAAGCCGGUGCCGAACCAUGGAAAACCAAAUCUGGCCCCGAAACCGCCGGGCAUGCAGCUCAAUACGAGCGUGGCCAGCAACAACAAUGGCAGCGGUCGCGUCGCCCGACAUCACAGUAUGAGGAGUCCCAGGUCACCGCCUGUGGCACCGAGUGGUCCCAACUUUGGAGUGAAUCAUUUCGGAACGCUACGAGGUCCCCCAUCGAGCUUUACAUCAUCGGAGUCGUUAGCUAGGCCAAACAAUCCAAUAGGACGACCUGCGGCGCCGCCUCCGAAGCCACCAGCCAUGAAACCACCACCCCCGCCUCCCAUACGCAGCGUUUCCAACACCAACCUGUCGCAUUUACCCAUGAGUUUGGCACCGGAAACGACGGAACCGAACUUCGGUUCCGCCAACAACGUGGCCAGUGCCGUCGCGGACGAGCUCAAGUCGAAGCUAGUCAACAGCGGUUCGGCAAACAAUGUCGCAACGCUCACCAACACCACAUCUUCCAAUUCGAUCGUAUCGAACAGCCAGCUUAGCAUCGGCAGCACGAAAACCCUCAGCAGUGGCAGUAUUAAAUCGACGGCACCCCCACUUCCUCCCCAUCGGACGUGUCCGGCACCACCACCCCCGCAGCAACUCAACACCAGCAGUAGUAGUGCGACCAGUAUUGGUGAAGCACCGCCGCAGCCUCCUCAGCGAAUUUCCUCCAUCCGGCAGCAGCAACUAUCGGCACUACAACAGCAGCAGCCACAGUCUCUCUCCAGCGCCAACACCAGCCCUAGCAGUAUCAUUAGCGAUAGUCAGCAAAGCUCAAAUCUGAAACGAAAGGAGACCAUAGCUGCUGCUGCCCCGGAACGACGAAAGAUGCCCCCGCCGCUGAGGGAGAUCGACCUGGAGGCCAACUACUCGUUCUACUUCCGCAAGGUGACCGAGUUUCCCGCACCGCAACCCUUUCUCAAUGUGGCCAAAGUCUACCCGAGCAUGAUACGGCAACAGCAGCAGCAACAGCAGCACCAACAGCAACACCACUAAAAGGAACGGCCGCGAUCCGGCCAGGACGGGAUCCGGGGGUUCGCGCGCGCGCCUGGGAAGGAAUUCCUCCCUGCGAGGGGGCGAACGAUGGAUCCCGUAUGCGUGUGGGGAUCAGUGCCAAGUACAGUCCCCAUCAGGUAGUAGUGCAAGUACACCAGACCGAUGUGCACCCCGCAGUGGUAUUUUAGUCAAUCGUUGUUGCUGUUGUCGAUGGACUUUUUUGUUGUUGUUGGAACAGGAGCCAAACAGUAACAGUAAAGUAAUAGAAAGAAAAAAUGUGUAACAAUCUAUUUAAACAACAGAAUGCUACGAAAUCAUAUCAACGUUUAAACGAAAACUAAUAACAAGCACCCGUAAAGCAGUAAAACAAUCAUUGGAUCAUUUAACAGAAAGACACACGCAAAGAAACGAAAAACUACACUACUCAGUAUAUUCAGUAGAGCACUACCUACUUAGAAACAGACAAAAUUGUACAUACCUUUCUGAUAGGGACUCGUUCGAUCGCAAGUUAAACUUCCAAAUUCUUUCGCCGUAGGAAAGUGAACACCGCCAAUACCAGAGGAACACAAAUUCACACACGCAUUCAGCAUAGAAAAGAUAUAUAAAGUUGCUGUUUCCUCGUUGCAUAAUAUCUUGAUGGAACAGAACGACACACACACACAAAGAUAAUAAUAAAAAAAAAAACCAUUUAA